CUGUAUAGAGCAUAGAAUAGCAUAGUAGGCUGUAUCUGUAAAGGAGUAAAGGAUGGUUAGCGAAUUGUGCAUGCACACAUAUAAGCUACUGUAGGCUACACUUACAAAAUGUAUCUAUCAGAGGUGCCCCUAAUAAGGCAAGUGAAUGCAUUCAUCGGUUUAUCUUAAAUUAUCUCCAGUCAUUACCCUUUAAUGCUUUGUAGUGUGAUGGCUCAUGGCACUCAUGGGGAAAACAUUUUCUUACUUAUGUAGCUUGGCAAUGGCAUAUGACGUUCACUAACUAAUUCCUCCUAAGGAGUCAUGGGAAUCAUGAGAUUCCUAACUUGCUCCUGUAAGUAAGUUAAAAUUUGCACAAGUGACAGCAACAGCGUACAAGUGUGGUUCAUUUUCUUGAAAAUUCAUCGUUGAUUAUAAAUAAUUAUUUUUUCUUGAUUUUCCAUACAGAAUGAAACUUGACAGCAGGAAGAUGAGUUAGCAGCCAGUAACAGCACUGCUGAAAGUAUAAUGGUCUCAGAAGGAUCUGAAAGGACUGUAGUUCCCAUCUGUACUAGCAUUAUGGCAAUCAUGCAGCAUUGUCACCAGUCUCUCAUCACUAUAACACUUUUCUGCUGUCUUACCCCUGUUCUGUGGGCUUUCCCAUUUGGGCCUCUUCUUGAGCUGGAUGUCACUCCUAGAUCCACUGUGUCUUUCAAUGGACUUCUGGGCUGUAAUCAUUUCCAUGGCUCAGCUAUAAACUACAGUACUCUGCUGCUGGAGGAUGAAGCUGGGAUACUGUACGUGGGGGCCAGAGAAGCUUUGUAUGCCCUGAACUUAGCUAAUAUCUCAGCUUCCCGCAACAACUCUUUUAUUGACUGGGCUGCAUCUGCAGAGCAGAAAAGGCAAUGCUUAAGUAAAGGAAGAGACAAUCAGACAGAAUGUUACAAUUACAUCCGGUUCCUCGACCGUUAUAAUGAGACUCACCUCUACACCUGUGGGACCCAUGCCUUCCGCCCUCGCUGCGCAUACAUAGAUGUGGAGCGCUUCAGCUUCGUGCGUUUUGAGGAAGGCCGGGAGAAAUGUCCCUAUGACCCAGCAAAGGGUUACACUGGUCUCAUUGUCGAUGGUGAGAUGUACUCAGCCUCUCAAUAUGAGUUUCGUAGCAACCCUGACAUUCGCCGUAACUUCCCCUUUCCCAACCUGAGGACAGAUGAGGCUCCAACAAGAUGGUUACAGGAGGCGGACUUUGUUGGAUCAGCAUUAUUGAGAGAAAGCAUCAACAGCUCCACUGGGGACGACGACAAACUUUAUUUCUUCUUCACGGAAAGAAACCAAGAGCAGCCCGCCUACACAAGUCAAACCAGAGUGGCGAGAGUUGCUAGAGUCUGUAAGGGUGACAUAGGAGGUCAGAGGACUCUCCAAAGGAAGUGGACGUCCUUUCUGAAGGCGCGCCUUGUGUGCUCUGUGCCCGAGUAUGAGCUGCAGUUUAACGUUCUGCGCAGUGUUUAUGUGCUGGAAGGAGCUAGCGUGCAUGACAGCAACUUGUACGCUGUCUUUGGACUUGAUUGGAAAAAUGUUAAAACAUCUGCAGUCUGCCAGUACUCCCUCAGAGAUGUCAAGGCUGCAUUUAAUGGGCCCUACAUGGAACUCCAAGACUCAAAAUGGAGGGAAUAUACAGAGAAUGUUCCAGAACCAAGACCUGGCUCAUGUAUAAUGGAUCAACAUCGUGCUCAGCUCAUAAAUUCAUCACGUGACCUUCCAGACAACGUGCUCAUGUUUGUUAGGAGACACCCUUUGAUGGCCAGAGAAAUUCAGCCAAUAGGAGGGCGACCCCUACUGUUCAGAAAGAGUGUUGACUACACCAGAAUUGCUGUUCAUAAAGUCAUGGCCUUGGAUGGAAUAACCUAUAAUAUGCUUUUCAUUGGAACAGAUGAAGGCUGGCUGGAUAAGGCUAUAGCUGUUGGUGAUCAGGUGCACAUCACUGAGGAGCUCCAGCUGUUUAAGGAACCACAGCCCAUAAACAACAUCCUUCUUUCACAUAAACAGAGGAGUGUAUACGUGAGUGCAUCCUCCGGAGUGGUACAGGUGCCCCUCUCUGCCUGUGUCCGCUACAUAUCAUGUUAUGACUGUGUGUUUGCCCGAGACCCACUGUGUGGCUGGAAUGGGGCACAGUGUGUUGACAUAUCAUCCUAUCCGAACAAGUCUAAUCUAAUUCAGGAUGUUCAGAUGGGGAAUAGAGGAUGUGACAACAUCACAACUGAUGGUUUAGUGUCCCAUCGAACCCGUUCUGUGAUGGCUGGAGACGAUGUACUUUUGCAGUGUGAGCUUCGAUCCAACCUUGCAGUCCCGCGCUGGACCCUGAACGGGGAGCAGCUGCAAGGCUACGGCAUGGAUAAAGGCUACCGAACUGGCACCGACGGACUCCUCAUCAUCGGGGCUCAGGGCAGGCAGAGCGGCCGUUACUGCUGUUAUGCCGUGGAGAACGGUGUUUGGAUUCCCAUACGCAGCUACGUGGUGAGGGUGCAGCCUGUCGCCCGACCUUCCUUCCAGCCACCCAUAGACCCCACUGCACUCCCUGAGAGUUUCUUCACCACCACCAGCAUGCUGCCCACGCGGCCCGCUGGUAGCCCCAAAGAGCAGCCGCGGCAAUCCCCAUCCGCUGCCUUCCCCUUUGGGCCAGAGUCCCAGACCAGCCGACACAGAGAGGCCAUGUACAUCUCCCUGGUGGCCGUUUUAGGUGGGUUAUGCCUUGUGCUGACUGUGGUGCUGCUGUACAUUACCUUCUGUUUGCAUAGCAGCCCUAAGGGUGGGAAGUACACUCAGCAAGGACCAUUGGUUACUGCAGCAAUGGAUCAAAAGUGGAGUUGCCACAUGGAGCUGAAGACUAUCUCCAGCCAUUGUAAUGGGAGGACUGAGCACAGUGAGGCAGCUUCAAUGGAUGGAGAGUUCCUUCAGAUAGGUCAAGGGCAAGGACUCAACACACCUAGCAAGGAGCCCCCUUCUGCACCCCAACUCCCCAUGCCGCCGCCCCUGCCAUCCACGGAGUAUGCAAAUGGAUUGUCAGCUGCAUUGCCAAGUGUCUUGAGGAAAAUGAAUGGGAACAGCUAUGUUCUUCUGGGGCAGGUGGACUCGGAUUUGACCUCUCCUCUGUACCAUUCCUUCACAGAAGAGCUCAGCAGAAUCUUGGAGAAGAGGAAACACACACAGCUGGAGGUCCAGCUAGAUGAGAGCUCUCUGUAGCCUAUCUCUUCCUAUUCAGCACUGCAGACACCCAAGAUGGGAAGCUUAACCAUUGCCUGAGAUAGUGUUUUAUUCAAAUACAAAUACCCAUGGUGGUGUAUGUAUCGUAUUGCAUUUGUACUCUAUCCAGAGGUACACCUCCAUUAUAUCAUACAUAAACCUGCAGUGUGUGAUUAUUUAGUAUUUAAUUUUAUAGUUUGCCUUGUGAACUACUGUAUGUUGUGAAACACAUUUAUUUUAUCCACAGUAGAAGGGGAGUUACCUUUCUCUAAGGACUGCUGACUAACAGCCUGACUCUCCAAGCAUAAGCAUGCAAACAGAAAACCCCCCCCCAAAAAACUAGACACUGGAAAGGAAAAGUCUUGUGUUAUGGUCCAGUUUUAAACCCACAUGUUUUUAUUUAUGGUGUAUUGCAUUUUAUUGUCUACUGAUUGAGUAAAUGCAUAAAUAAUUACACUGUACACGACACAACAACGAUGUAAUACAAUGACAUUAAUAUCUGGAGUAUUUUUAUGUGCCAACAUAUAUAACACUAAUUUCACACUUGCUACCAGUUCCUACUUAUUGUAUUGACAUACAUUGAUUGUGAUAUAACAGGAGAAUUUUUGCAGUCCCAUAGGGGAAUUUGCAAGAGUAAUAAGGAAUCAUUGUUGAUGCCCUUUUUUGGAUAUUCUGUAUAAAAUGGAAAGAGAAGAAAUCAUUCAGAGGAUUAUUUAAGACAACCAGGAAAACUGAACUUGAGUGACAAAUUGAAACAGCAGUCUCAGGCAAAGGAUGACAUAAGAGCAAGAAAGAAAACCAAAAGAGGAAUAUAUUGUUACUAUCCACAGGAACACAUCUCUGAAAUCAAGAGGAUACCUUUCAUAUUCUGUGCUAUUCUAUGCCAUUUUAAACACUUUUUGUCAACCAAUGUGUAAAUGUGUUUAGUUUUUUUUAAGCU